ACUCUUGUUCUUGACUAUAAAAGAACACUGGUUUGGUGCCAAAAGAACCACUGAACCUCAUGCAAUUGUUCACUUCAAAAAUUAUUGAAGUUUAUGAGACAUCAACGAAUGCUAUUGCUCCCCAGUCCCCACUUAUUUGCCUCUGCUUAAACUGUCCUGCAGUUCAUUUUUACUUUGUUGUGCAUGGUUCAUUAUGUUUGCAUGGCGCCCCUACUUUGUUGCUCUAGUUUUUCCCGCAUCUGAGUUAUUUUGGUGUUUUGGUUUAGUUGCGCUCUCUCACAUCUGGCAAAUAAGAAAAAAUGUGCUGACGAAGAGUGUGUUGUUUCUUUUUGGUUUUAGAUGGUUUUGAUUGUCUUCCAAAAGGGAACCCGUGACCUGCAUUUAGCUCCCUUUUCCUUCUAUUAUCUUACUUUUGUUUGUUUUUCUUUCUGUAUUAUCAUUGUCUUUAGCACUUUAAUCAUUCAGAUUGUUCUUUUGUCUUUCUUUUUUCAUCAUUACUAAUGUUCUUAUUCAUGUCAUUAGCACUAGAAGUUCACGGUUCUUGAAAAUCUUAAAAAGAGCUAAUUUUUAUUAUUGUUUUUGGUUUAUCAAUAUUAUUUCAAAUUGUGGAUUCGAUCUCUCCUUGUACUUUUCAUACAUGAAUAAGUUAGAUUGACACCUAAAGUGGGGGUGGACACCCAAAGAAGGAGAAAUGAAGAGAAAAGACCAAAGAAGGAGAAAUGAAGAGAAAAGAGAACGUAGUUAGAGAUAAAAUGAAAAUUAUGAUGUAUACAAGGUGUCGACAUUAUUUGUGUGUCUGAAAAAUGAGAUUGUUUUGAUACAUACCAAGCCAAUUUUAAGUUAUAUUUAUUUUGUUACUUGUGUAUGUCUUCUCUUUUACUCUGCAAUAUUUGUUACUUUGAAUUUGUUCACCAUCCAGCACAGUGUUGAUAUUUUCUUUAGUAGGUUUUCCUAUCUUGCUUAUAUCUAUGACACAUACAUUACACAAUACUUUCUUCUACGAUACUGUGCUCUUUUGUUGCAUAUAUCUUUUUGUUAUUGUUCUGGUUUGCCAUUGUGAGGGAGAGUGGCUUAAGGUUCAUGUGCUAAUAUAUGUCCGUGGUUUCUCCUGUUGAAACAUCCGUGUUCAAAUCUCCAUUUUUCCUCCUCCAUCUCGUAUAUAUUAAAUGUGAUAUCAAUAAGUUAAGAGAUGAGGCUUUCUAUGUAGUAGUACCUUCUAAGCCAAACCUUAUACAUAAUUUUUUGCAGCCUCCGCGCUUCCUUUGUUAUGUGAAAGGUGAUUCCUCAUAUGGGUUUUGUGUGGGAGUUGGGUUUGGGGCCCUCUAUGGGGCUCCCCGCCCCACUUAAAGUGGGGAAAUUACAGGAACGUCCCCCUUUAAUAGAAUAUGGAAGCAACAUUUCCGUAUUCAAUACGGAAGUCUUAUAUCCGUAUUAUAUUAGUAUGUAAACCGGCAAGGGUUUAUUCAAACCCAUUUCAAACUUCAUUCCGUAUUUUGCCAAGCUCUUCUCCCCUCUUCAACCUUCGAUCUCUGUCGCUCCCCUUGCUUGAACCGUGUACUUGAAAGGUUCCAUCAUCUCCAUCAAAGCUCUUCACAACCCCAUUCUCAGAAUUGAAACCUAGAGUGAGAAUGAAGAACAGAAAGAGGUCUCAUGCUUCUAGUGAGGAUGUCGGGGCUACUGAGGAUAGACACCGGCGGUUACAUGCUUCUAGCCGGCGCGGCGAUCAUGCUGCAACCUCUCAGGCGGUGGAGGCUUCAGCUCCAGUUGUUUCUCCGCCGUCUCCCAUGAUUGAGGUUCCUCUGGUUGAUUAUCCGCCGUCUCCCACGGUUGAGAUACCUACAGUUGUUUCUCCGCCCUCUCCCAUGGUUGAGUCAUCAGGCGAGGAGUCCUCAGGCGAGGAGUCUUCCGGCGAGGAGUCAUCAGGCGAGGCCUCAUCCGGCAUGGGAGGAUCUGACGAGGAUAGUAUUCCUCCGCCUACUGUUGAUGCUGAUGUCCUGCCGCCAGAGCAGGGGGCACAGGGUGGCGAGGAGGACCUGAUCCAGAGGUUGCCGCCGUUUUCGGGGGGGCCUGUUGAACUAUCGCUCCUCACCCAUUAUGCUGAUCACAAGGCUCCCUGGGCGUGGCAUGCACUCCUACGCACAGACGAGCGGUAUGUGGACCGUCGACAGUUGAAGGUGGCCACAGCUGGGGGGAAGGUUUGGAACCUUGCUUGUGAUGGUGAUUCAGACAUGCUCCCAACUCAUGUAUCUGCAACAGGUUGUUGGUAG